AUGAACUUUCAAAAAGAACGUACAAAUUUAGUUGUAAAGGCUGUUGAAAUAUUUGACAAUGCGAAAUAUUCUGAAACAACACAAGCACCUGAAGCUGCUGUUCCUGUUGAAGAAGUAGCACCAAAUGAAGUUGAAAAGAAAACUGAAGAAGUUGAACCAAAGAAAAAAGAAGAAACACAAAAAAAAACAGCUAGAUCAAAAUUAAAAUUUCUUAAAUAUAUUGCAUCACAAAAUUUGAUGGAAUGUGAUUCACUUACACUUGAUUGUCGUGAUGAUGAUGAUCUUGAAUUAAUAUGGUUACGAAACAAUAAAGAAAUUCCUAAAAAUCCAGAUUUUCGUCAUGAACGUGAAGGAAAUACAUUCAAAUUAAUUGUUACUGCGGUAUUUCCUGAUGAUUCAGGUAUAUUUUCAGCUUUACUAAAAAGUAAAUCAACAAAUAAUGAACAACUUUCUUCUUGUUCAGUUAUUAUUCAAGCUCGUGAUAAAGAAUCACUCGAUCCUAGCUUUGUUCAAUUUCCACAAAGUAUUAGUUUAGAAAAAGAUGGAAAAGCUAAAUUUAAUUGUAAAAUAUCGGGAUCGACACCAAUGACAGCCCAAUGGAAUUUUAAUGAAUUUUCACUUGAAAUUCCUGCUGUUUUAGCAACAGAUCAAGGUCAAUAUUCUGUAAUUAUUUCAAAUGAUAAAGGACAAAUUACAGCUGCAUAUAGUUUACAUGUUGAUCAAUCAUAA